CCAUCCCCAUCAGCCAGUCAUACAACGUACAAUGCAGAAGCUGCGAAGAAGAAGAAGAAACCAAUAGUGCAACAAAAUGCUAAACCGGCCCCUGAGUUCGAUUUUAAGACUACAGUUUCACACAGUAAUGCUGCUAACUUUGGUACAAUGGCUAAGAUCGUCGAUUACAUGAAGAAACGACAUCUAAGCCAACAACAAUGGCCGUUGUCAUUGCAAGAAAUUUUGGAUGAGCUGCAAGUGUACGAUUUGCCAAAAAGGUCAGAGGCUUGGUUAAAAGAGGCCCUUCCGAAGAAUCCUAGGUUAACAUGCGAUGAAGAGGCAAAAUUCUGUUACAAACCUCCGUACAAGAUCAAGGGCAAAACGUCUCUGGUAGCAGUAGCCAAAAAGCAUCAUCAAGAUGUCCGUGGCGGCAUUUUGUUGUCGGAAUUGAACGAUUGCAUUCCGAACGGAGAAAAGGUUUUAGAGGUGAGAGAAUACGUGUAUGACCUUCAGUAA